CUGUUCUGCCCUUUGCUUUGUUGAGAGAAACGAUGGAGAUUGUUGGAGAGGCCAUUCUUUCUUCUGCCCUUGAAUUGUUGUUUGAUAAGCUGGGAUCCUCCGAGUUGCUCAAGUUUGCUCGCCAAGAGAAUGUCAUUGGUGAACUUGACAACUGGAGGGACGAACUGUUGAUUAUUGAUGAGGUGCUGGACGAUGCCGAAGAGAAGCAGAUUACAAGAAAGCCAGUGAAAAAAUGGCUGAAUGAUCUCAGAGACUUGGCUUACGAUAUGGAGGACGUACUAGACGAGUUCACCACGGAGCUGUUGCGGCGCAGGUUGAUGGCGGAACGUCUUCAGGCGGCUACCACAAGUAAGGUAAGGAGCCUCAUCCCAACUUGCUUUACUGGUUUCAAUCCUGUAGGUGAUGCUCGGUUGAAUGUUGAGAUGGGGUCCAAGAUUAAGGAAAUCAGUAGACGGUUGGACAAUAUUUCAAGUCGGCAAGCUAAACUGGGUUUGAAAAUGGAUCUUGGGGUUGGGCACGGCUGGGAAAGGUUUGCAUCUGGAAGAAGAGCUUCUACUUGGGAACGGCCGCCCACGACAUCUUUGAUUAAUGAAGCUGUUCAAGGUAGGGAUAAAGAAAGAAAGGAUAUUGUCGAUUUGCUGUUGAAGGAUGAAGCAGGGGAAAGCAACUUCGGUGUACUUCCCAUUGUUGGCAUUGGAGGGACCGGCAAGACUACGCUUGCCCAGCUCGUAUGCAAGGAUGAAGGCAUAAUGAAGCAUUUUGACCCCAUAGCCUGGGUUUGCAUAUCAGAAGAAAGUGAUGUGGUGAAGAUAUCAGAAGGAAUUCUCCGUGCACUCCCUCAUAAUGAGAGUACAGAUCUCAAGGACUUCAAUAAAGUUCAACAGACAUUGGUUGAGAUAUUGAAUCAAAAGAAGUUUUUACUAGUUUUAGAUGACGUGUGGAACAUAAAGAAGGAUGAGCAAUGGAAUAUUUUGCAGACGCCAUUUAAAUAUGGAGAAAAAGGGAGUAAGAUCAUAAUAACAACGCGUGAUGCAAAUGUCGCAAGAACGAUGAGAGCAUAUGAUUCACGCUACACUCUGCAACCUUUGUCUGAUGAUGAUUGUUGGUCUUUGUUUGUGAAGCAUGCUUGUGAAACUGAAAAUAUCCCUGUACGCCGUAAUUUGGAACUACGUGAAAAAGUUACAAAAUGGUGCGGUGGUUUACCCUUAGCAGCAAAGGUGCUUGGUGGCCUUUUACGCUCUAAACUACAUGAUCACACAUGGGAAGAUAUAUUACGUAGCCAAAUUUGGAAUUUACUAAGUGAAAAACAUGACAUUCUCCAAGUGUUAAGAUUAAGCUACUAUCAUUUGCCUUCUCAUUUAAAGAGAUGUUUCGGUUAUUGCGCAAUGUUUCCCAAGGAUCAUGAAUUUGAGAAGAAGGAACUAAUCUUGUUAUGGAUGGCUGAAGGCUUUAUUCACCAACCAGAAGGAGGUAAGCAUCAAAUGGAAGAUUUAGGUGCUAAUUACUUUGAUGAAUUGUUGUCAAGGUCAUUUUUUCAAUCAUCAAGUAAAGAUAAAUCAAGAUUCACAAUGCAUGACCUAAUUAGUCAUCUAGCUCGAGAUAUUGCACAAGAACUAUGUUUUAAUCUAGAGGACAGUGAGAGGGAGAAUGACAAGCUAUGCAUAGUUUCUGAAAGGACUCGUCACUCAUCAUUCAUUCGUAGCAAGAGUGAUGUGCUUAAACGAUUUGAAGUAUUUAAUAAAAUGGAGCAUUUACGGACUCUUGUUGCAUUACCAAUCAGUAUGAAGGACGAGAAAUUCUUCUUAACUACUAAGGUUUUUGAUGACUUGUUGCCAAAGUUAAGAUACUUGAGGGUGCUCUCCUUGAGUGGUUAUGAGAUAACUGAGUUACCAAAUUCGAUUGGUGAUUUGAAACUCUUGCGAUAUCUUAACUUGUCCUAUACUGCAGUCAAAUGGUUGCCUGAAUCAGUGAGUUGUCUCUACAAUCUACAAACAUUGAUACUUUCCGGUUGUAUAAAACUUAGUAGGUUGCCUAUGAACAUUGGGAAUUUGAUUAACCUUCGCCAUCUUAAUAUUGAAGGCUCAAUUCAACUAAAACAGAUGCCUCCACGAGUAGGUGAUUUGAUAAAUUUACAAACAUUGUCAAAGUUUAUUGUGGGCAAACAGAAAAGGUCAGGAAUAAAAGAAUUGAAGAACUUGUUGAAUCUUAGAGGAAACCUCGUCAUUGCAGAUUUGCACAAUAUUAUGAAUACGAGGGACGCAAAGGAAGUACACUUGAAAGGGAGACAUGACAUUGAGCAGUUAUUGAUGAAAUGGAGCAACGAUUUUGGAGACUCAAGAAAUGAAAGUAAUGAACUUGAGGUCUUCAAGUUCCUACAACCGCCUGACAGUUUGAAAACGCUUGUUGUUUCUUGUUAUGGUGGACUAACAUUCCCCAAUUGGGUAAGAGAUCAUUCAUUCUCAAAAAUGGAGAACCUGAGACUCAAAAGUUGCAAAAAAUGCGCACAGUUGCCACCAAUUGGGAGACUACCUUUACUCAAAUAUUUGCACAUUGAAGGGAUGGAUGAGAUUGUAUGCAUAGGUGAUGAGUUCUAUGGGGAGGUUGAGAACCCUUUUCCAUCUUUGCAGUCUUUGAGGUUUGAUAAUAUGCCAAAAUGGAAAGAAUGGAAGGAAAGGGAAUCAUUAUUUCCUUGCCUUGGAAAGCUUAUAAUAAAAAAAUGUCCAGAACUGAUUAACUUGCCGAGUCAGUUGCUUUCCUUGGUGAAGAUUCUUCAUAUUGAUGAAUGCCAAAAAUUGGAAAUGAAUAAAUACAACAGGGGGUUGUUGGAAAGUUGUGUUGUUAAUGAGCCUUCACUCACCUUGUUAUACAUUGGGGGGAUUUCAAGGCCAAGUUGUUUAUGGGAAGGGUUUGCUCAAUCCUUAACAGCUCUUAAAGCAUUGAAAAUAAAUCAAUGUGAUGAGGUGGCAUUUUUGGGACUGGAAAGCCUUGGUAGUCUUCGACAUUUAGAGAUCAGAAGUUGUGAUGGAGUUGUAUCCUUGGAAGAGCAAAAGCUGCCUUGCAAUCUUCGACAUUUGGGAGUGGAAGGGUGUUCCAACUUAGAGAAGCUGCCGAAUGGACUAGGAAGCCUCACAUUUCUCACAAAGUUGAUAAUUUCGAAUUGUCCCAAACUUGUGUCAUUCCCAGUCGCCGGUUUGCCACCAGGGCUAAGAGAUCUUACGGUGAGAGAUUGUGUGGGUCUCGCGUCACUGCCAGAUGGAAUGAUGAAUAACAGCUGUGCCCUCCAAUUCUUGUCCAUGAAAGGUUGUCCAUCUCUCCGCCGCUUUCCACAAGGUGAGCUUCCCACCACCCUUAAGUGUCUGGAUAUCAUCGAAUGUGAAAGUCUAGAGUCUCUACCUGAGGGGAUAAUACGCGACACUUCAAUUGGCAGCAGCAGCACUAGUGGCCUUGAAAGAUUGGACAUAAGUGAAUGUUCAUCUCUCGAGUCCAUUCCAAGUGAAAUUGUGUCCUCUCCGGAAGCGUUUUUGACCCCCAACCUUAAAGUUCUUGCAAUUACAGACUGCCAGAAUAUGAAGAGGCCUCUAUCUGAGUGGGGCCUUCACACACUCACCUCUCUUACACUCUUCAUCAUUCGUGGCCCAUUUCCAGAUGUGGUUUCUUUUUCAGAUGAUCAUGGGUCUCAGCUUUUUCUUCCUACAGCUCUCAAAGAGCUUCGCAUAUCUGAUUUCCAGAGCUUGAAAUCCGUAGCCUCCAUGGGACUCCGAAACCUCAUCUCUCUGGAAAUUCUUGUGUUGAGCAACUGCCCUAAGCUGCGGUCUGUUGUACCAAAGGAGGGGCUGCCACCCACGCUUGCAGAACUCGAAAUCGAGGAUUGUCCUAUUCUAGGAAAGAGGUGCCUCAAAAACAAAGGUAAAGAUUGGCUCAAGAUUGCCCACAUCCCAAAAGUUGAGAUAGAUGGAAUUAUUCAAUAAUCAAGUAUGCCCAUUCAUAACACUCCCUUAUCUACUCAGAUACCUGCUUCCAUUCAGAGUCCAUGUCUUGACUGAAUCUGGUGUUGGCUCUUCUUUCCAUUUUCUAUCUUGGUUCCAUUUCCCUCUUGAGUGAAUUUGGGUUUCGUAGUGGAAAGAAGAUGAAAGAUAACCUAGCAAAGGCAUGGCACUUGCAAGAUUAGGACCUGGCACCAGGACUGUCAUCUCACAUUGCUUAAUUUCCACCUCCAGCAGAUGUGGAAGCCUCUCUUAAUUAACUAUGGUAACCUGGAGAAGUUGUCAGCUAGUCUGCAUGGUCUCACAUGUCUGGGAGAUACGAGAAUGUUGUUUUGCUAAACCAUUGUUUCCUCUCAGGGGACUGGUUUAUCGUCAUUGCUCUGCAUCAAGGAUCAAAAUCGGCAUUUGCAAGACUUGAAAUCUUGCUCAUUCUCUUCUGACAUAUUUGUGCUUCCAAGAUAAAGUAUAGAUUGUUCCUGUGAUAUUCCACAUCCUUCUCUAUAAAUAGAUGAUUGAACCAUCUAUUAAAGAAUCAUCAUCUCUGUUCACAGAAGUAUAAGCAUUGAUCAUACUUUCCUCUUUAUAUUCAAGACAAAGUUUAUCGAUAUCUGUAUCCCCAUUCAUGUCUCAAUGCACCCGCUGGAAUGCUGCUAUUGUGCUAGUUCAGCGUAAAGAUUUGCCCUGAAUAGGGAAAAGACAGAAUUGCAAUGCCGGUUGAAGUCCUAUGGAUCAAGAAAUGUGUCAAGUUACAGUUCUUUUUCUGAAGAAAGGGCUGCCUGCAAUUCUUAAACUAUCCAUGAAGAACUGUCCUAUCUGGAAUGCAGUGAUUCAAGGAGAAAUGGAAAAAUUGCCCCAUUUCCACAUUCCCAGUAUGUCGAUGAUGGCUCACUUGUCCAUGAAGAAAGUUCCGACUGAAUUAUCUUUUCACUGGAGAAAAAGAACAGAGGCCACCAUAUCCCAUGCUAUUUUCAAUCAGGACUAGAUGCACUUAACUCCCAAAUCAGGAUUCCAUGUCCUCCAGGAAAACGGACUGAUGUAGACAAAAAGCCAAAGUCCUGGUCAUUGCUGCAGCUUAUCAGUAUCUGCAUGGGUUUAGAGAGUUCAAGGGAUAUCCCAAAACUGCACCUCUCUGAAAGCCAAGGACGGAUGGAUGGCCUAGGCUUUGAUCAUCUUUGCAGGAGGAAAAAAAGAAGAUUCCUGUUUUAUCUUAAGUGACAUAAAAGGAAAAGGGACUGAUGUAAAUAAAAGCAAAAUUCCUGGCCAUUGCUGCAGGUUUUCAGUAUCUGCACUGGAUGCAUCAGUUUACCAAAUUUUUGGGGGUUACACAUGAUUACAGCUUCCAAAAUCAGUUAGAUAUUGAUUGAAAGACCAUCAAACUUAGCUGGAGAAGAUUUGUUUAUUGGAGUCAAAGAAACGCAACAACACUUGUGGCCAUGAAAUAUUGAACGAAUGGGGAUGUUCAUCUCCUCAAGUCCAUCCAUUAGAAUGCCAGAAUACCAAGAGACCUCCAUCAGAGUGGACAGAGCUUCAAAUCAAGGAUUGUUCUAUUCUAAAAGGGCGGUGUCUCAAAGACAGGAAAAGAUUGGCUCAAGAUUGCCGACAUCCCCAAUGUCCUAAUACAUGAAAUUAUACAACAACAAGAGUUCAUGUCUUGACUGAAACUGGUGCUGGCAGAAAAUGUGAAAGCCUUUUAAUCAUCCUCUCCUGGAGAAGCUGUCAACAAGUCUGCAUGGUAUCACAUCUCUGGGAGAUAAGAGAAUGUCGUUGUGCUAAAAGAUUGUUUCCUCUCAGGGGACUGAUUUAUCAUCGUUGCUCUGCAUCAAGGACCAAAAUUGACACUUGCAAAACUUGAUAAUUUGCUCCUUCUCUUCCGAAAUAUGUGUGCUUCCAAGAUAAAGGAUAGAUCGUUCCUGCAAUUUUCCACACUUCUAUAGAUUGUUUCAAUGAGUUCAGAAUAAAGGUUUGCCAUGAAUAGGGAAUAGAUAGAAAUGAAUGACCAGUUAAAGUGCUAUGGAUCAAGAAAUGUGUCAAGUUUCAGUCCAUUUGCUGAAGCAAGGGUUGCUUGCAACUUCUAAAACUAUCCAUGAGGAACUAUCAUACCUGGAAACAUAGUGAUUCAACAAGAAAUGGAAAGAUUGGUUGCCUCAUUUAGUCAUUUCUACAUUCCCUGUAUGCUGGCCGAUAGAUGGCUCACUCGUCCAUUAAGAAACUUGAGGAUGAAUUAUCUAUUCACUAGAAAAUAAGAACAGAGGCUACCACAUUGUAGGCUAUUUUCAAUCAGGACUACAAUGGGCAAAAGAUGCAAACCAAUAGCAUGGGAAGCAGCUCACUUGAUUUUUAGUUUGGAAUUUGAUGGGGAGGUGUAGCUUGCAGCACUUCCAUGUUAGAUAUUGAUCGAAAGACCAUCAAACUUAGCUGGAAAAGAUUUGUUUAUUGGAGUCAAAGAAACGCAGCAACAGUUGUGGUCAUGAAAUAUUGAAUGAAUGGGGAUGUUCAUCUCUCAAGUCCAUCCAAUAGAAUGCCAGAAUACCAAGAGAGCUCCAUCAGAGUGGACAGAUUUUUCUUCCCACAUCUCUCAACUAUCUUUGCAUACAUAAUUCAUUUCCAGAAUUUGAAAUCCAUAGCCUCCAUGGGAUUCAAAAGCCUAGUCUCUAUGGAAACUCUUUUGUUGGAGGCCUGCCCUAGGCUCAGGUAUGUUGUAACAAAGGGAGGGCUGCCACUCAUGCUUGCAGAGCUUCAAAUCAAGGAUUCUUCUAUUCUAAAAAAGUGGUGUCUCAAAGACUGGAGGAAAAGAUUGGCUCCAGAUUGCCUACAUCCCCAAUGUCCUAAUAGACUAAAUUAUACAACAAGAAGAAAAUGUGAAAGCCUUUUUAAUCAUGCUCACCUGGAGAAGCUGUCAACAAGUCUGCAUGGUAUCACAUCUCUGGGAGAUAAGAGAAUGAAGUUGUGCUAAAAGAUUGUUUCCUCUCAGGGGACUGAUUUAUCAUCAUUGCUCUGCAUCAAGGAACAAAAUCUACACUUGCAAAACUUGAUAUUUUGCUCAUUCUCUUCCGAAAUAUGUGUGCUUCCAAGAUAAAGGAUAGAUUGUUCCUGCGAUUUUCCACUCUUCUAUUGAUUGAUCGCAGAAGAACAAGCGUCGAUCAUACUUCCCUCUUUAUAUUCAAUGAGUUCAGAAUCAAGAUUUGCCAUGAAUAGGGAAAAGAUAGAAAUGCAAGACUAUUUAAACUGGUAUGGAUCAAGAUAUGUGCCAAGGUUCGGUCCUUUUGUUUAAGGAAGAGUUGCCUGCGACUUCUGAAACUGUCUAUGAGGAACUAUCCUAACUGGAAAUACAGUGAUUCAAGGAGAAAUGGAAAGAUUGCUCAUUUUAACAUUCUCUGUAUGCUGAUAAAUAAUGUUUCAAUUUUAAUUCUGAUUGGGAAUCGUAUUUGAAUGGUGAAUGGCUAUGUAAUUGACACUCUGUGAAUUGAAUGUCAUUGUUCAUUACCUUAAUUAAAUGUUUGGAUAUUUCUUUGAAAA